UGUACCCGAGCUCUGUUUCGUUUUUUAGAGCCAGUCAUUAAGCUGAUAAAAGAUCUCGACGGAGCAGAUCGAUCCUAUUUUCCGGUGAAUAACGAGCAUUGAUUGAUAGCUGUGAGUAGGAAAAACUUGCAGGCAGCAGCUGGGUGUUGGAAUAUGGUAUCACCCAUUCCGAGAAGAAAAAGUGCAGAAACCAUUCGCCAAUCGACCCGUCGUUGCUCUACGUGAGAAAAAGAGGCGAAGAGUUUGCUUCUCUGGCCGAGGAGAACACCCAGCGGUGAGAGAGUGCGUAGCCGCCGCAGCGAAAGUGCACAUCUAAGCAUUUCGGAGUGUAGAAUUGUGUUGUGUGUCAAAAAAAUCAUCGCUUCUACUCCAGCGAAGGGAGCGAUAGAAAGAUUUACCUUUUGUGGAGAGAGAAAGAGUGAAACCGGAGCAUUUGUCGAUGAAUCAGUGAGUGAAAAGAGCGAGAGUGCAAAAUCCCGACGUUUCAGAAGGUGGAUAUUGGAUUUUUAUAUGUAAAGUAAUAUGGAGGAUCUAAAAGAUGGUGAUACGUUUUAGUGAAAUGCUAAGUUUAUUUGAAAGAAAAAGUGCACAGAAUCAGCAAUUUGUAUCAGUGGACAACUAAAAAGAAUAAGCGACUGAAGUUGUGCCAUUCGGGACUGGUAGAGAUCGCAGCAAAAAGUUUGAAUGGCUUUGAUAUGAACUAGUGUGGAUAGUGCGAAAGUCCCAACAAUUGCAAACUGCAGAUAAUCGAUAAAUUGGUGUUGAAUUUUUUUCCUCUCUCGUGGCGAUAGCAUUGAAGAUCGUAAAAGUGUAAGGUGACGUUCGUUCAGAUCAGCAAAAGUUAAGAAAUAAUAAUCGAAGAGGAGAGAAAGUCAGCACCCUAAAUUGGUCAGCUUAGUCGAGAUAAAAGCUUCGCGAAAAUCCAUACAUUUUGUUGCGGUCAUCGCGGAAGAAAAGUCGAGUGUCCAGUAGGUGCUAAAAAUCAUUCUUGUUUGCUUGCGCGAGAAUGAAUGAGCUGGAAGCACUUCGGCAGGAAGCGGAAACGCUGAAGAAUGCAAUCCGUGAUGCUCGGAAAGCGGCCUGUGACACCUCGUUGGUUCAGGCCACGAACAACCUGGAACCCAUCGGUAGGAUACAAAUGCGUACCAGACGCACCCUGCGGGGUCAUCUAGCUAAGAUCUACGCUAUGCACUGGGGCAGUGACUCGAGAAAUUUAGUGUCUGCUUCCCAGGAUGGCAAACUGAUUGUGUGGGAUUCGCACACAACGAACAAGGUUCAUGCAAUCCCGUUGCGUUCGUCCUGGGUGAUGACUUGUGCCUACGCACCAUCCGGAAAUUUUGUUGCCUGUGGUGGAUUGGACAACAUCUGCUCCAUCUACAACUUGAAAACACGAGAGGGCAACGUAAGAGUAUCACGUGAGCUUCCAGGACACACUGGCUAUCUGUCUUGCUGCCGCUUCCUGGAUGAUAAUCAAAUAGUGACAAGCUCCGGCGAUAUGUCAUGUGGAUUGUGGGACAUUGAAACGGGCCAACAGUGCACAUCGUUCCUUGGCCACACUGGAGAUGUGAUGGCAUUGUCCCUCUCACCUCAGUGCCGUGUGUUUGUUUCGGGAGCGUGUGACGCCUCGGCCAAGCUGUGGGAUAUACGUGAAGGACAGUGCAAACAAACCUUCCCGGGACACGAGAGUGACAUCAAUGCCGUCACGUUCUUCCCGAAUGGUCACGCAUUCGCCACUGGCUCCGAUGAUGCCACCUGUCGUCUGUUCGACAUCCGUGCCGACCAGGAAUUGGCGAUGUACUCGCACGACAACAUCAUCUGUGGUAUCACGUCGGUUGCAUUCUCCAAAUCCGGCCGCCUGCUACUGGCUGGCUACGACGACUUCAACUGCAACGUAUGGGACACGAUGAAAGCGGAACGAGCCGGUAUUCUGGCGGGCCACGACAACCGUGUAUCGUGUUUAGGAGUUACGGAAAACGGCAUGGCCGUGGCAACCGGUUCCUGGGACUCAUUUCUGCGCGUCUGGAACUAAGAGGUCUGUCUGUCUGUUUGAAGCAUUAUCAGCAACAUCUUUCUGUACACUCAAACAAACGCCGCUCUUAGCAUAGGAACAAAUGCAAACUAGUAGUCAGAAGAUGUGCAAAAGCGCACAUCUGUCCCACAGCAAGCGAAAAUGUACGCACCGAAAACACACAAGGAGAGACAGCAAAUCAGUAGUGUUUCUUUGCUUGAAUCUGAAGGAAAUUGUGCAUUUGUAGAAUAUUUCUUGUUUGUGGUUAUUGAUUUAUUUUAAGUUGAUAGACUGGUUUUAAAUGGUUUGCCAUUGAAUACAUUUGAAAAUCUCGUGAUAGAUAUGAUUUUGGCACAAAAAAUGUUGACACUCGGUAGUUUUAUUUAUUCCGCGACACAUUUACCGCUUGUUUUCGUUUUAACCUAUUGUUUAAAGCCAAAAGAUGUACUGUUCAAAUUGUGCCGUAACAAGUAUAUUUGUUUUAUCGACGCAAAUAUUAGACUGUUAGUAGUUUUUUAACCACCCUAAAUUUUAACUCUCCUCUAUAGUAUAUUUUUAUUUUAUUUCUGCCGGCAACAGCAAGAAUAUGAGACCGCGCACAAGAAAAAGUCAUUAAAUAGACGUUUGUAUUUAUUUAUUUUCAUAUGUAUUACUACAUUCUAAUAUUGUUUAAAAAGCUGCUUUUCAGCUGUAUUAGAUUUUCUAUUUGAAACAAAAGUGUUAUUCCUCUAUUUGUACACAAACAUAUACAUAUAUUUACGAAUAUCUAUUUAUACACGUCUUUGUAUUUAUUUAUUUAGUCUGUACAAUCGAAAGGAGAAUUAAAGAGAAAAAAAAAAACAAAAAAAAAACUAUAACACAAGAAUCACUCCAUUGUGCAUGAGCUCUCAAGGGGCGAUAUCUUAACGGAAAUUUUGCGAAAACCAGUACGUUUCCAAACCCGUUUACAAUUCUGCAAUCAAAAGGUUUCCUUAGGAUACUGAGCUUCUGCAUCUGGAGCGAUUCCCAGAAUGCGUGUUAGUGUAUUAAUAUUUGUUUUCGCACCGAUGCGUCGGCAGCUUUCAUUGCAUUUUUUCGGUAUCAAAUGCUCCUCUUCUCAUUCAAAAGCCAUAUUAGAUUACGCUUACGUUUAGAUUGCAUUAAGGAACGUUUGAUUGAAAAUGCGCAAAAUGGUGAGAGCGCACGCAACAGUUACCUAAUUCAAGUAGGUUUAUUUUGUACUUUUGUGCUAGUCUGUACCAGAUAAUAAAAGUGCUCAUGUUUUGCUACCAUACUUCAAUAUGCACUUUUGAUUUUGCUCUAAAGCGUGAAAAUGUCAAACAAACAAAAAAUAGUCACAAACAUAAAUUCAGCAUGGUCAUAUCUCAAGAAUUGUAUGAAAAAAAGAAAAAUAGAAAUGCCUAUAAAUUAAAUUAAAAAAACUUAUACAUGUAAGAUCAUUCAAAACCCUAAAUAAAAAAAUCGCAUUCAUAAAAAAAGUAAACGCAUUAUACACUGUUUAAGUUACACUUGUAAAACAAAAGAAUCAUUAAAAACACAUAGAGGUGAUAAGUGUGUACAAGUUAUAGUAAUACAAAAAAAAGCGUUACAAAAGUAAACACAAUGCAUCUAAAUCAGGGUCGAUCAUGUAUCGUUUUGUUUCGGAUUGUUUGUUUUCAAACUUUUGCACGCACACGUUGCUGUACAACCACACACUUGCCAGCACGCUGUGGGAAGAAAGGGCUCUCUGACACAGGGAAUGACGCCAGAGUGCGUCAUUUCUUGCUAGUAAGUGUGUCGUACGUGCUUCAGCCACGCUAGUGUGCACUACGUGUGCGUACACGGUUGAGCAGCAAUGGUCGAAAUUGAGCUAAAUCUAAACGCAUCCUUCAUUCCGCAUGAAUAUCACCGGUAACUCAGUAGUAUCAAAAAGUAUGAAAAGAAAAAAACAAAAAUCGAAUUUCGCCCGGUGUUGAUCGAUCGAAGACUCUACAAAACCGAAGCCAAUCGGAUAUAUGAUGCGAGUAUAUUGCAGCAACGUUUGUUGCCGAACAUUGCAAUGAAAGAAAUAUCGUUAGCGCCACCCACUGCCUAGUCUCUUCAAAACACAAAUUCUGAGAAAGAUUUAUGUGGAGAAAAUAAAUAAAACUAACAAAAGCGGAUAGAGUUAGUAGCGAACAAAGCACAAUGAACAAUAAACACAGUCGUAAAGUAAUUGAACGAAGUGGCGAAAACAUUAGAUCAAAUCACACAAAACAACACUUCUAUCAUUGUGUGCGUACGCUGAUGAACAAUAUGAGAGCGAAGGAAAAAGAGUGCAACUCAACGGAAGAACGGUACGACAAACUUUGAAAUUGAGAAACUUAACAAGUUAAAUUUUACGUUCGGGGUGCGGAAACUAAACAAAAUAAGUCUUGCAUAUUUUUGGGCGAGCAACUCUCAGCAGGCUUCGAUCACAAAACUAGCACAACAGUAUGCGAAACUUCUAUUAUCAAAUCAAAAGCAUUCACAGAUUCUUUAGCGUUUUGUCAGAAAAACAAACACCGACGAAACAAGACCGUGGGCUAGUUUUGGUUAUUUAUACCUGAAAAGUGAUCGUACCGUAUAAUUUAAUAAGUGAAUUUUUACGUAGCAUUGAAUUAAAUUUAAAGUGCAUUUAAAAUGGACAAUCGUCCAUCUAAUUUAUCAUCUUUUACGUUGCUUUCAAUAUUAUUUCAUGUGUAAACCUAGUUGCGCUCUGUUGUUCAAAAUCUGCAAUUGUAGUAGAUAUUAAGAAGAAUGAACAGAACGAACUUUAAACUGACCAAACAAGCCAACCACUCCAGUCACUCACAUUGCUUGAAUCUUCAAUUAUAUAUACACAAACGCAUAGAAGUUUCCCUCUUUUACAUUUUUGAAUGUUUUAUUUCAUAUGGAAAAAUAGUAUUAUGAGAAAAAUCAUUGUUCCACCAGUGUUGAACAUAAAAUUAUCACUUUUUUCCUAAGACGAGUUUUUAUGAACACACACACAUUUCUUCAAGAUGAGGAUUAAUUACGCAGCAUCACAACUCUCUCAUUGAACAUCUACCGAAACCGAACAAAUAAAAAUAAAACAAAGUGCGAACGUUUGUGAUUAAAUAAAAAUAAAAAAAAAACAAAACCAAUCAAACGACACAGAGUUCGUGUCACGCGAUGUACGAACACGUUGGGAAUACAGUUGUGGAACAAAAUGUAGCAGAAUGAAAAAGCAACACGUAGUAGUAACAUUCGGAACCAAAUGAUAUGAGCUGUAUUUGCAAACACAAGUCUUAGAAGAGGUCAAAUUUAAAAACCAAGAUAAAUUAAAAAAAAAAACAUCUUCAAAUGAUACGCCCGGAAGCGGUCGAACUAAAAAAUGCGCUAAUUGUCUGAGCGAAACGUUCAGUCGAUCGAUAAUAUCCACAAAUUGAGAGUCAACAGAGUCGACAGCAGAGAGCGAUCAUGUAGAGCUAUCGAAGUAAGCAGUGAAAAAAAAGUAUGAGAAGAAAACAAGUAAUCACCAUUUUUACACAUUUUGAGGUAUCGAAAAAUAUUAAGAAGAAAUGAAAAAGCUUAGUUUUUAAGGUAACAAAAUAAUAAAAGUAUAGAAUACAAUUAACUUAUUAUGAAUAACAAAAAUAAAUUAAUAAGAACAAAAA